AUGGGGUCUGUGUUGUUCGGUAUAGGGGUUAUGCUGGUUAAACUCCAAUUGAGGAAGUUGAAGUGGAGGAAAGAGCGGGAAAAAGAAAACGACAAUAUCCCACAUUUUAUGUUUCAUAUAUGCCCUUCUUUUGAAAACUUGCGCGGUUUCUUCCCCUGCAAAACCUUACAAAACCUCAAGUUAUCUCUUCCUAUUACUUGCAAUUCCCACAAAAUGAAAUCAACUCUCAGAUGCUUCAACUCUCCUAAACAUAUUCUCCCACUCCUUAAACCAACCCACUCUCUUUCCCGCCGAUUUCCUCAAAAUUCCCGCCAAAUCCACUCUGUCAACCCUCGUCUCUGCUCCGAACCCGACUCCAGCCUUCCACCCAAAACCCAAAAUCCCCCUCGUUUAUGGUCUAUUUAUGAUCCUGUCAUUGCCGGUCUGGUAACCAAAACGACGGUUAAUGUCAGUGAAGAAGCUCGAGAGCCAGAGCCGGCCUCAGCGCCGGAGUCGAGUGUUGGUGAUGAUUUAGAGAGGGAAAGAAUUAAUGGGAAGUUAAGAAGUCAAAGUUCAGGGGAUUUGGAGCAACCCCACGUGAAGAAAAAGCCUAGUUUGGGUGUUAGAGACAUAGUAGGAAAUAAGAAGAGAGGGAGGGGCAAUAGAGUAAAUUGGGUUUGUGCAGACUGUGGCCACACGGACGGCCAGUGGUGGGGGACAUGCCGGUCGUGUGAGAGCGUGGGCACGAUGAAAAAAUUUUCUGAAGGGGAGAGUGGAAAUGGACACGUGGUGGAGAGAGCUUGGCUGCCGCAGAAGCCGGAGCAGGUGCAGCCAAUGCGUUUGCGAGAUGUGAAUAGGGGAAUUAAUCAGUUGAAUUGGAGAAUUCCUAUGUAUGGAUCCUUCGGGGAUGAAGUUGCCAGGGUGCUUGGCGGUGGUCUUGUUCCAGGCUCUUUAGUUUUGGUUGGUGGUGAUCCUGGUGUUGGCAAGAGCACACUGUUGUUGCAGAUGGCCGCAAUAAUAGCUGAAGGCCGUGAUGUUGGUGAACCUGCUCCGGUUGUGUAUGUCUCUGGUGAAGAGAGUGUUGAGCAAAUUGGAAAUAGAGCUGAUCGGAUGGAGAUUGAAACGGAGGAACUUUUCUUGUAUUCCAGUACUGAUGUUGAGGACAUAAUAGAAAAAGUUCAGCCCCUUUCCCCUCGAGUGCUAAUAAUUGAUUCAAUUCAAACAGUUUAUUUAAAGGAAGUUCCUGGAAGUGCCGGAGGGCUCGUGCAGGUGAGGGAAUGUACUUCAGCCUUGCUACGUUUCGCAAAGAAGUCUAACAUCCCGGUUCUUUUGGCUGGGCAUGUGACAAAAUCUGGUGACAUAGCUGGGCCUCGUGUUCUCGAGCACAUUGUCGAUGCUGUCUUAUAUAUGGAAGGUGAGAAGUGCUCAUCUUAUCGUCUGCUUCGAGCUGUGAAGAAUCGUUUCGGGUCCAUUGAUGAGCUUGGGGUAUUUGAAAUGACUAAAUCAGGACUGCAAGUUGUUUCAAGCCCCAGUCAGAUGUUUUUAAGUGAGCAGCACUCAGAUUCUAAUGUUUUAGCUGGACUUGCUGUUGCUGUUAUUAUGGAUGGUACUCGGGCAUUCCUUAUUGAAAUUCAGGCUUUAUGUGUGUCUGGCUCAACAGUUUCAAGACAUUUUAAUGGUAUCCAGGCAAGCAGAGCUGACAUGAUUGUUUCAGUUCUCAUGAAGCAAGCUGGUCUGAAGCUUCAAGAAAACGCCAUAUUUCUAAAUGUUGUUAGUGGGGUGGCCCUGACAGAGACUUCGGGUGAUCUCGCUGUAGCUGCAGCAAUUUGUAGCAGUUUCUUGGAGUUCCCUAUUCCUAAUGGCAUUGCAUUCAUAGGCGAAAUUGGCCUUAGUGGUGAGCUUCGCAUGGUACCAGGUAUGGAGAAAAGAGCAAGUACAGUGGCAAAACUAGGAUAUGAAAAAUGUAUAGUCCCCGAAUCAGCAGAGAAAUCUCUAGCAAGUAUAGGUUUGGAGAGGAUGAAAAUCAUAGGCUGCAAGAAUCUGAAAGAGGUCAUCAACAUUGUGUUUACAGCCCAUUGACAUUUAUUUGGAGAUCAUUCUUACUCUCUGUUAUUGAUAUAUAUUAUUUUAUCAAAUACCUCAAAGAAACUUGUAUAUUAAUUAAAUUGUAAAACUGCUGAUUAAGCUUGUAUUCAGAAAUGGUGGGGUUUUGGUGAAUUUUCUGCUUGUAUAUAUACUUCCUGUAUUAGAAAAAUUGUGAGAAUACUAUAAUUAUCUUUUGAUCUUUUAUUGUUA